UCCUCUGCUCCAAUAUAAGUACUCGCCUGAUGGCCACAGAACUUGCUAGAGCCCAGGUUGACACACAGAAACAGAACAUCAGAUACAAGUAAUAGAUCUCUCUCUCUUUACUUCGUGAGCAGCAUCAAGCGAAAUGGACAACAGUAUUCCUGUAGUUAGCAAGAUUUUUUGCAAAGGCACUCCAACAAUGCUGAUGAUCAGGAGGAGACCCAUUGUCGUGAAUGGUGGUGGUUUUGUUGUUACUGACCUCAGUCAAAAUGUUGUUUUCGUCGUAGACGGUUGUGGAAUACUUGGAUCAAAGGGAAAGCUUAUGAUCAAAGAUGGUGAAGGAGAACCAAUACUAUUCAUUUCUAGAAAGGGAGGAAUUGUCCAGGCCCUGAGCACUAGGAACAAAUGGAAUGGGUACUCAAUGGAUUACCAAGGAAAAGACAAAUUGGUCUUUAGCCUAACUGAUCCAAAAUCAUGCAUAGCAAAAAGUGCUCCAAUUAGAAUUCAUAUUGAACCCAAGAGGCACUGCAAAAGUUGGGAUUUUGAAAUUGGUGGAUCUUUUGCAGAUAGAGAUUGUACAAUAAUUGAUUGCACUGGUAAAAUAGUAGCCCAGAUGGGUAGGGAAGAAAUGAUAGGAGGCAAGGACUUCUACCACGUGCAAGUGCAGUCGGGCCAUGACCAGGCUUUCAUCAUUGGGGUGAUGGCAAUUCUUGACAACAUACAUGGAGAAUCCACCAGAUGCUGAUAGCAGAAUUUGCUCUUGUUCACAAGAGUAGACACUUAUGUUCAAUAGCACUGAUCUUGCAACCUACUUUCAUUUUGAAGUAAAAAAUCGAUACAUGUUCACCAGCUGUUAGUGUAAUCCUUGUGUGUUGGUAAGAGGUCAGUUAGUUUUAUCUUUUUGCUAUAUCGGUUUGCAACAGCAUGUCGGUCACUGUAGCAACAGUAUGAUGGUUACUG